AUGAGAUAUGAACUCAAGAUAAAUGGAAUCAAUAUCAGAACAUUAUUAGAAACAUAUCAGGAUGUCUCAUUAGAAAUUGGAAAAGAGAAACAACUGCUUGUUGAAUCAAAUACUUAUGAAAUAUUAUCACUAUCAUACAUCCUAUUGCUUAUUCCCAAAGAACUGCAUCUACAACAAACAUUAAUACUUCCAAAAAUAAUAUUGGGUGAUAAACCUGUUUAUACUUUUAGAAAAGCAAUUAAAAUGGGGAAAAAUGAUUCCAGAGAUGUAGCUGUUGAUUGGUUAUGUGUAAAACUUUUGAAAGAAAAAAUCAUAAAAGAUAAUCUUGGACUUUUUCAUGAUCCAGACAAGACCUUAGUACAAUGGCCUAAUACUGAAUUACAUGAAAGCAAAAUAAGAAACUUAGCCAGUAGAGCAAAGCAACCUGAUUUCACAGUUUCUUUAAUACAUCAACAACAAAUUGAUUCGGUGAUUUUUGUUGGAGAAGUAAGUCCACCUUCUGAAAGAAAUAAUGUUUUCAAAAAUUCAAAUGAUUUGAUCUGGUUAAGUACUUUUAUGAAGGAUUGUAUGGACUCAUCCAUAGCUAAAGGUGCAGAUAUUGAAAUAUUAGGAUUUCAAUGCAUUGAGUAUACUGUGGAUUUCUAUGUGAUGGAUUUAGCUGGUAGGGCUACUUGCACAAUGUCACAUCUAGGACAAAUCAAGAUUCCUGCAGAUUUCAAAGAUAUUUAUUCAUUUGUUGAUGAUAUAGGAUUGCUAUUAGGAAUAAAAGAUAUCUUUACAAGAUCAUUUAAUAAUUUUUAUGAAAAGCUUCAUGUACCAAGUCGAUUGGAAAUAAAACCUACAUUGAAGGAAAAAACAUUAAGCACUCAAGAAUUUGGGCAGUUGGUCAGUAAAACAAGAGAUAGAAAAAGGUCAUGUCCAUUAUGGUUUGGAAAGCAUUCAAUAUUUUCAAAUGAAACGAAUUUUAGUCCAAUAAAUAGCCAUUCCAAAUUAUUUUCUGAGUGCAAUGAUAUUUAUAAACAACCAAACAAAUGUGCUUUUGUACGUGAAUAUUGUGCUAAUCCCUCUUCCUUGGUCAAUUAUUUAAAGUAUUAUUUUUGUGAUUUACAAAAUUGGCAAUUUUUUGCACUGACAACUUUGUUUCUAUGGCUUCUAUUUUUGUUUGGAUUCAUUGGAAUCGCUGCCUCUGAUUUUUUUUGUCCAAAUCUAUACACGAUUGCUUCUAAAUUGAGUCUAUCCGAAAGCAUGGCCGGCGUAACAUUUUUGGCAUUUGGAAAUGGAUCACCAGAUGUUUUCAGUACUUUCAGUGCUGUGACACAUGGAUACGGCUCUUUAGCUAUUGGUGAACUUCUUGGAGCAGCAAGCUUCAUCACUUUUGUGGUGGCUGGAACUAUGGCGGUAAUAACACCAUUUCAUGUCACCAGAUUGCCAUUUCUACGUGAUCUAAUUUUUUUCACUGGUGCUAUCUCAUUUACCUUCAUGAUAAUAUAUGACGGAGAAAUUCAUUUAUGGGAAGGCAUCGUCUUGGUCUCAUUUUAUUUUACCUAUGUUGGUGCGGUGUUAUUUGUAGCUUGGUAUGAAAAGAAUGAAAAGAAUGAAAAUGAAGUUUUUGAACCUUUAUUAUCUGAUAAUCGAACUGAUAAUAUUAGUAGUAGGGAAACUUAUAUAGACCAAGAAUCACAAAGAUCCUUAACUCCAAUUGAAUUCCAUCAAAAUAAGUCAGGUAGAAGUACAAGAUCAAUACAUCGAGGCGUGAGGCCUUCAUUACUUGGUGCAAUAGAGUUUCGCGAUGAUGUCAAUGCAGGAAGAUUUAGAUUACCUACACGUCACCAUAAUGAAUAUUAUAAUCGUCGACCAAAUAGACAAAUGCGUAGUACAACAAUGCCAUCAUAUAGUUCCAUUAAUGAUAAUCCAAGAAGAAAGCCAUGGUCUAGUUUUGCAGGUCCUGUUAAUCAAUCACUUGUAGAUGAUGAUUUAAACACCCCCCAAAUUAAUAUUAGUGCUCCAACAUUGGCAAAAAUUGACGGAUCUUCCUCGUCUAGUUUAACCUCCAAUCUAAACAUUACAAAUUCUCAAGAUUCUGGUCUAAAUAAUAACAACGAUAAUGACGGCAACAGAGACAACGAAACAAUAAACAAUUUGAAUGUUCCGCAUCUAAUGGUGACUUCGUCACUGUCAAAUAAAGGAGCUGCUCUUUCGCCUGAAUCAUCAAUACGUUCAUCACCACUCUCAUUGUCACCAAAAGCUCUACCAGUUAAUGAUACUGCUCCAGUAUCUCCUUUGUUUUUAGAAUCAAGAUAUGGAACAACAUGUACUUCACCUAGUGCACCACCUUCAUUUCCUCAUGUCACCAAUGACGAAUCAACUUGGUUGACGAAGGUGCAAGAAACUUUAUUUCCUUCAGUUACAGGAUUUUCACAGAAAUCUUUUUUUGCAAAAUUAACAUCAUUAAUGGCCAUUCCUGCCAUCCUUUUGCUUACGCUUACAUUGCCUGUUGUGGAAACAAAUGACCCGAUUUCAGAAAAUGAAAACAAGAAUGAAAAUAAUUUAGAACGUCCUUCUAUUGUUAUUGAUAAUGAUGCAAAUACAGGCAUAAGAGAUGUGAAAGAGGAGGAAAGGACAGAUGGUUGGAAUAAAUGGUUGACUUCCAUACAAUUUCUAUUUGCACCAAUAUUUAUAUCAAGUGUUUUAUUUGCUGAUGAUGAUUCAAUUGUUACUACUGUAUCAUAUGCUUUCAUUUUUGGAUUGGCUUCAUCAAUCUUUUGUUUUUUAUUUACAGAUAAGAAUAAACCACCAAAAUUUUAUUCAUUACUUUGUUUCAUGGGAUUUGUUGUUGCAAUGGUUUGGGUAUUUCUUAUUGCAAAUGAGGUAGUAGGUCUACUUCAAGCUGUAGGUCUAAUAAUUGAAGUAUCUGAUGCUAUACUUGGACUAACAAUUUUUGCAAUGGGAAAUAGUUUAGGAGAUUUUGUUGCUAAUAUUACUACUGCAAAAAUGGGUUCACCAAUGAUGGCUAUAAGUGCAUGUUUUGGUGGGCCUAUGUUAAAUAUUUUAUUUGGAAUUGGUAUUAGUGCAACUUAUACAACAAUUACAACCGGACAUUCAACUAAGAUUAACAUAGAUAUAAAUUUAUUGGUUUCAGUAUUUGGACUAUUAAUUGGAUUAUGUUCAGCUUUAAUUUAUUUGCCUUAUAAUGGUUAUCAUAUGACAAGACCUUGGGGAUAUUAUUUAAUUUCAAUAUAUGUUGUUUGUAUGAUAACAAAUCUCAUAAUAGAAUUCAAUUCUAUGCAUUCAACUCCUGCUGAUAUUGCAUUGGUUUGA